UCCCGACGCCGCCAGCAUGCCAUCCCGACUGAGGAAGACCAGGAAGCUGAGGGGACACGUCAGCCACGGCCACGGUCGCAUCGGCAAGCACAGGAAGCAUCCCGGUGGCCGUGGCAAUGCUGGGGGCAUGCACCACCACAGGAUUAACUUUGACAAAUAUCAUCCUGGUUAUUUUGGGAAAGUUGGUAUGAGACACUACCACUUGAAGAAGAACCAGAAUUUCUGCCCUACUGUUAAUCUGGAUAAACUGUGGACACUUGUUAGUGAACAGACAAGACUCAACUAUGCAAAAAAUCAGGCUGGAUUAGCACCUGUCAUUGAUGUUGUACGCUCGGGUUAUUACAAAGUCCUGGGCAAAGGGAAGCUGCCCAAACAGCCUGUAAUUGUGAAAGCAAAAUUCUUCAGCAGGAAAGCAGAGGAGAAGAUCAAAGAAGUUGGUGGAGCCUGUGUGCUUGUGGCAUAAAGGAUUUUUUCAUCAAGUUUGAAUAAAGACUGUAUCAAA